ACCCGCCCGCUAGCUUUCCCCGGACCAAACGUGACCGCCGGGUGGAGACGAGAGGAGAAGAAGCCGCCAUGAAGCAGCCUCUGCCUUUCCCACCUCCUCGAUAAAUCCAUCCUCCCCAACGAACCCCACCCAGCUCCCUCCCCUCUCCUCUCCUCUCGCCUUCCUCCUCCACCCAGCCAGCCAGAUCAGAGCAGGUCGGUUUCGCCGUUGCUUUGCUUCCGCUGACGGCUCCGUGAGAGCGAGGCGGGGCGAGGCGGCAACCACCAACCAACCGAGGCGUGGGCCGGAGCUGCCUUUGAUGCGCCAGGCGCGGCCUCUCCCCGUCCUUUGAUGGGCAACGCAUGCGGCGGUUCCCUUAGAUCCAAGUACCUGCACAGCUUCAAGCACCCCGCCUCCCAGCGCCACGACCCCGACCGCGACUACGACCACACCGCCGCCGCCGACUCGCCCAAGAAGCAGCCAGGCUCCCAGCCGACCGCCACAGCCGCCGCCAAGACGGACGGCCACGCGGCCCCCGCGCAGCCCGCCGCGGCCAUGAGGCGCGGCGGGGCGGGCGCGCCGGCCGACCUCGGCUCGGUCCUCGGCCACCCCACGCCCAACCUGCGCGACCUCUACGCGCUGGGCCGGAAGCUCGGGCAGGGCCAGUUCGGCACCACCUACCUCUGCACCGAGCUGGCCACGGGGGCCGACUACGCCUGCAAGUCCAUCUCCAAGCGCAAGCUCAUCACCAAGGAGGACAUCGACGACGUGCGCCGCGAGAUCCAGAUCAUGCACCACCUCUCCGGCCACCGCAACGUCGUCGCCAUCAAGGGCGCCUACGAGGACCAGCUCUACGUGCACAUCGUCAUGGAGCUCUGCGCCGGGGGCGAGCUCUUCGACCGCAUCAUACAGCGCGGCCACUACAGCGAGCGCAAGGCCGCCGAGCUCACCAGGAUCAUCGUCGGGGUCGUCGAGGCCUGCCACUCGCUCGGGGUCAUGCACCGGGACCUAAAGCCCGAGAACUUCCUGCUCGCCAACAAGGACGACGACCUCUCGCUUAAGGCCAUCGAUUUCGGCCUCUCCGUCUUCUUCAAGCCUGGCCAAAUUUUCACCGAUGUUGUUGGAAGCCCAUAUUAUGUAGCCCCAGAAGUGCUGUGCAAAAAAUAUGGACCAGAAGCUGAUGUAUGGACCGCUGGUGUAAUUCUCUACAUUCUGCUGAGUGGUGUACCCCCAUUUUGGGCAGAGACACAGCAAGGAAUAUUUGAUGCUGUACUGAAAGGUGUCAUCGAUUUUGAUUCUGAACCCUGGCCUGUGAUAUCUGACAGUGCAAAAGAUCUGAUAACAAGAAUGCUCAAUCCUCGCCCAGCUGAACGCUUGACAGCACACGAAGUUCUAUGCCAUCCAUGGAUUCGUGAUCAGGGAGUUGCUCCUGAUCGUCCUCUUGACACAGCUGUCUUAUCUCGCAUUAAGCAAUUCUCUGCGAUGAAUAAGUUGAAGAAGAUGGCUUUGCGGGUAAUAGCUGAGAGCCUCUCAGAGGAGGAAAUUGCAGGCUUGAAGGAGAUGUUCCAGACUAUGGACGCUGAUAACAGUGGUGCAAUUACAUAUGAUGAGCUCAAAGAAGGCUUGAGAAAAUAUGGCUCCACAUUGAAGGAUACUGAGAUUCGUGAUCUUAUGGAUGCGGCGGACGUGGACAACAGUGGGACCAUUGACUAUAUAGAGUUCAUCGCUGCAACAUUGCAUCUGAAUAAACUGGAGCGUGAGGAGCAUCUGGUGGCAGCCUUUUCAUAUUUUGACAAAGAUGGAAGUGGUUACAUCACAGUGGAUGAACUGCAGCAAGCUUGCCAAGAGCACAACAUGCCAGAUGCUUUUCUUGAUGAUGUCAUUAAAGAAGCUGACCAGGACAAUGAUGGGCGCAUCGACUAUGGAGAAUUUGUUGCCAUGAUGACCAAGGGCAACAUGGGGGUGGGGCGAAGAACAAUGAGAAACAGCCUGAAUAUCAGCAUGAGAGACGCACCUGGUGCAAUCUAGACUUCCACGAUGUACAUACAGCUUGUGGCUUUAGCUUCUUCCUGUCUUCAUGCUCUACAAAGACUUCCUGCAAUUUUCGAAUCUUGUAAAAUGCCUGUGUGGAUGUGUGUUUCUGGGGAUUCUGAUUUAGCUCGUCAAUUGAUUCGACGGAACGCAUGCUAAGCUGGGUUGAAAUGAUCUCACACGUUGCUGCCGCUUAAUCCCUGCAAAAUGUUCAGUGAAUUACCUCCUACUAUAUCUGCCUGGAAUUGUUAACUCUUAAAAUGGCUUGUCCCAAUGAAGCAUGUCCAGUUUGAUGAACA